AUGGCGCUGGGGGCUCUGCUGUCCCUCCAUCCCUCCCACCCUGCACGGUUUGACUCCCGGCGCGUUCUGGAGCAGCUCCGAGCCUGCGGGGUGCUGGAGACCAUCCAGAUCAGCGCCUCGGGAUUCCCCUCCAGAUGGACGUACCAGGAGUUCCUGGAGAGGUACCGGCCUCUGCUGAGCCGGGAGGAGCUCCAGGGCACCGCCGUGGAGCGGAUCUGCAGCAUCGCCCUUGGGAGGCUGCUCCAGGACCCCAGCCAGUACCAGUGCGGCAGGACCAAGGUGUUUUUCCGGGCCGGCCAGGUGGCUGUGCUGGAGGAGCUGCGGUUCCGCUGCCUGCGGGCAGCCUGCACCCUGCUCCAGCGGCACCUGCGGGGCUGGCUGGCUCGGCGGCGCUUCGGGCGGCUCCGCGGGGCCGCGCUCUGCCUGCAGCGCCACGCCCGGGGGCUGCUGGCCCGCAGGUUGGUGAGGACACUGCGGAGGACCAGGGCUGCCGUGGUGCUGCAGAAGACCCUGCGGAUGCUCCUGGCCCGCCGCUCGUUCCUGCAGCUGCGCCGGGCCACCGUCACCAUCCAGGCUUUCGCCCGGGGCCUGUUUGCCCGGCGCCGUUACCGAGAGAUGCUGUGGCACCGCAAGGCCGUGGUUCUCCAGGCCGCUGUCCGGGGCUGGCUGGCACGGAGCCGCUACGGCCGCGUUCGCCGGGCGGUGCUGCUGCUGCAGUGCUGCUGCCGCCGCGCCCGGGCACGAAGGGAGCUCCGCCGGCUGCGCCUCGAGGCGCGCUCCGUCGAGCACUACCGGCAGCUGCACAAGGGCAUGGAGAUCAAGGUGAUCCAGCUGCAGUGCAGGCUGGACGAGCAGGAGCAGCUCUCGGGGCUCACAGCUGCCCACGCCGAGGAGCUGCAGCGCCUGCGGGGGGAGAUGCAGCGGUUACAGGAGGACGCGGCCCGCGGUGCCCAGGUCCAGCAGCUGGCACAGCUGGAGAGGCACAGCAGGGAGAGCUGCCUGGCCCGGGAGCUCCAGGAGCUCAGGCAGCGCCUGGUGGAGAUGGAGGCUGCGAAGCUGCAGCUGCGGCAGGAGAGGGAUGCCCUCCAGUGCACGUUGGAGCAGUCCCAGGACCUGGAAGAGCAGCAGCGGCGGGCGGCGCGGGAGAGCCGGGGGCUGCUGCGGGAGCUGGAGGAGGAGCGGGAGCGCUACCGGAGCCUGGAGCAGGAGUACGCCCGCCUGGAGCAGGACUAUGAGAACCUGCGGGAUGAGGUGGCCUUCCACAGGCAAAGCACCUUGAGGCGUUCCCCAUCCUCCGAGAGYUUCCCGGGCUCCGAGAGCAGCUGCUUGUCCUCCUCCAUGUCCACGGCUCCUUCAAGAGACAGCUCUGACCUGCAGCCUGAGGGCCUGGAGGAGCCACAGCCCGGCAGCGACACCCUGAGCGCUGGGGGYGGCCCGGAGCCCUCGGAGAAGCCGUGUCCCCUGCCCAGGGAGGAGCUGGCUCGGGCCUGGGACGAGCUGCGGAGCUUCAAGGGCUCGGUGCAGCGGGACGASAAGAAACCCUUGGAAUUCCUCAAGUGCAGAAACAUAGCGGAGAGGCUGGGGCUGAGCAGCUCGGGGCAGGCAGUGGGCGAUGACCUGAGGCAAGCCUACGACGCGGUGCAGGUCACCAACAGGCUGCUGGUGAGCCAGCUGAGGGAGGAGAAGCAGCAGCACGAGGAGGAGGUGCAGGGGCUGCACCUCGACAUCCGCUCCCUGAAGGAGCUGAGCCAGCAGCAGGCAGCCCUGAUCCAGGACCUGCAGCGGCAGCAGGGCCACGAGGGGCUGCAGUACCACCUCCUGCAGCUCAAGGAGGAGAACUGGGAGCUGGCCCAGAAGCUGGAGAAGCAGGAGAAGACCACCCUGAAGCUCCAGAAGCAGCUGAAAGCCUACACCAAGCAGAUCCAGGAGCUGGCAGCCACGAGAGAGGCCCCAGGGCCAGCACCAGCCAUGGGACUGUCCCUGUCCCCAUCGGGGCCAUCCCAGGCCAUGCUGGCCUGGAGGAAGGAGGAUGAGGGGCGCAUCAUCAAGGCCAUCAUCACAGGUUACAAACCCCAGAGCGCUCCUGGGGCUUUCCCAGAGCUGCCAGCCUAUGUCCUGUUCCUGUGCCUGCGGCACGCUGACCACUGCCAUGACGAGCCCCGUGCCCGCUCGCUGCUGGACGCGGCCAUCGAYGCCAUCAAACGCCUCAUGAAGAAGCACAGCGGUGACCUGGACACGGUGGCACUGUGGCUGUCCAACACCUGCUGCCUCCUCAACUGCCUGCGCCAGUACGGCCCGGACGAGCGCUAUUCGCAGGGGAACACGGCGCGGCAGAACGAGCACCGGCUGCGGAGCGUGGAGCCGCGGGGCUGCUGCCGCAGCCUGGGCGUGCUGGCGGUGCAGCUGUACCAGCAGCUGAUCCGCACGGCCGAGAGGGGCCUCAAACCCAUCAUCGUUGCUGCCAUGCUGGAGAGUGAGCCCAUCCAGGGCCUGUCCUCAUCCUGCCCGCCCGGCCGCCGCCGCUCCUCCUCCUCGCCUGCCCACACCCUGCCCGAGCUGCUGCAGCGCCUGGGCUCCUUCUGUGCCACCCUGGAGCGCCACGGGCUGGCCACCAGYGUGGGCCACCAGGCCCUGCGCCAGCUCCUCUUCCUCGUCAGCGGCACCACCCUCAACUGCCUGCUCCUGAGGAAGGACAUGUGCUCCUGGAGCUGCGGCAUCCAGCUCAGGUACAACCUCAGCCAGCUGGAGCAGUGGCUGCGGGCACAGGGGCUGCAGCAGAGCGGUGCCUGUGAGGUGCUGGAGCCACURGUGCAGGCUGCCCAGCUGCUGCAGGUGAAGAAGGUGACAGAGGAGGACGCUGGAGCUCUGUGCAGCCUCUGCACGCUGCUGACACCCCAGCAGGUGGUGAAGAUCCUGCGGGCGUACACGCCGGCCGUGGGGCUGGAGGAGCGUGUCAGCCCUGGCUUCAUCAGCAGCGUGGAGAGGCGGCUGCAGGACCGCUACAGGGAGGGACCCGGCCAGCUCCUGGUGGACACCAGCCACAUCUUCCCUGUGCAGCUGCACUUCACUGCCUCCCCRCUGCACCUGGAUGAGCUCCACAUCCCUGACACCCUCAACCUGGCCUUCCUUGGCCGCCUCUGAGCCUGGGGCUGCCCCUGCRCCACUGCCAGGGACCUGUUUUGGGGUGUCUGAACCCUCUGAAGUUUCGGAAGGCUGUGAGAGUAGAGGGGCAGCACCUUUGGAGUGCAAAGUUCUGUGAAGUUGUUCAUUUAUUGAAAUUUGGGUGCCUUGUUUGUGGCACAGGCAGGACUCCUGACAGUCCUGCACUGGGGGAUUUGGCCACUUUUUUAAUCCUUUGAAGUCAAUAAAAGUCU